CACGCUGGAUUCUCCUAGGACGUGCGUAAUUCAUGACAGCUUUUAAUUUUUUCCUUUGACUUUAAGAAUUAUCGGGAAUUACUUGUUUCGAUUCAUUGUAACAAUAAGAGGGUCAUUUUAAAAGUAAGUUUCCGUAUUUUAUUCCUCUGAAACUGACAACAAAAAGCGCCAUGGGUCCUCCAAAACUAACGUACUUCUCGUUGAAAGGUGCUGGCGAAACAAUCCGUUUUAUUCUAUCGUACGCCAACGAAGAAUUUAUCGAUGAAAGAAUCGACUUUGUCAAGGAUUGGCCCAAGAUAAAACCAACUACACCUUUUGGGAAGCUGCCCGUUUUGGAAGUUGAUGGUAAAGUUGCCACUCAGACUUCUGCGAUUUGCCGUUACUAUGCUAAAAAAUGCGGCCUCGCUGGAAAAGACGACUGGGAGGAUUUAUUGAUUGACGCGACCGUGGGCACGUUUGAUGAUAUGCGGCUAGCAAUCACAAACUCUCACUAUGAAACCAACGAAGAAUCUAAAAAGAAAAAGAUCGAAUUAUUGAAUCGAGAAACGAUUCCUUUCUAUAUGGAGCGAUUGGAAAAGCAAAUAAAAGAAAAUGACGGUUAUUUCGUGAACGGAAGGUUGACUUGGGCGGAUCUGUGGGUAGUUGCUUUACUGGAUCUUGUGAAUAAAACCAUGGAGCGCACCUUGGAGGAAAAAUACCCCCUUUUCGAGGCCCUAAGGGAUAAAGUUUUGGCUAUUCCAUCAAUUAAAGCCUGGGUUGCUAAAAGACCGAAGACUGAUUGGUGAUUGUAGGUUCGGCACAUCGUCUUAUGCCUGUCAAUUUCAAGUUUGGCAACAUAAUUUCCCUCUUUCAAACUUUUUGUUCAAUGUUUGUUACAACUAUAAGUUAUUCUCUGCAUGUUUAUGUUUACUUAAUAUUAGUACGUUCAGGUAUCACCUCUCAGGUUUUAUUAGAUUAUUAUGGUUACCAUUCAGGUAUCCAACAAUCAUGUGGUUGCAUUGUAAUUAAAUCGUACUCUUUAUAAUCAAAUUGUUAAGAAAUGGCACGUGCAAAUUGUAAUCUCAUAAGCAUACUUUAAACUUCCUUCAUUUUGUUGUGAAAGAUGAAAAUAAGCCAAGUUCUCCUACGAGUCUAAAUCUCAGUGGAGCAAUUUUCUGUAUACUUUCAUGUGACAAUAAACUAAAGUUGUUUACCUA